AUGACGGCUUCUGCGGAGAGACAGCCCUUGAUGCGUCCCCUGCACCGUGACAUUACCGCCCCAAAGGCCGCGAAAUGGGCCUCGGCCAUGCCCUCCCGCCGCAACCCCUCGCGCUUCCUCCCGCAGGCCAUCGCCCACCGCGGCUUCAAGGCCGCCCUCCCGGAGAACAGCAUGGCCGCGUUCCGCAAGGCGGUGGACGUGGGUGCGCAUGCCAUCGAGACGGACGUGCAUCUUUCCAAGGAUGGCGUCGUUGUGCUUUCUCAUGACCCCUCCCUCAAAAGAUGCUUCGGCGUCGACCUGCUCAUCAAGGACUGCACCUGGUCCUAUCUCUCCAGUCUCCGCACGCUCAAAGAGCCGCACGAGGCGUUGCCCAGACUCGUCGACUUGCUCGAGUAUCUCGUCUCUGGGCCGGAGACGGACAAGAUUUGGGUCUUGCUGGACAUUAAGAUUGACGACAAUCCGAAUGAUUUGCUGCGGGCCAUUGCGUGUGCUCUUACAGAAGUGUCGUCUGCGACGCCCUGGGACGAACGCAUCAUCCUUGGGUGCUGGAAUGUGAGUUUUUCUCCCCUCCCAGUCUCACUCCCCAUGUCCUUUCCCUGA